UAAUAGUUUCCCGAAUGACCAGAUAUGUCUAGUCUUUUCCUGGAAUUUAUCCGUUGUUUAAUGUUUUCUAUCAUAUGCUUCACUUUCCAGCUAUCAAGGUUCAAUCCAGAUGACCAUGAUGGGAACCGUGAUAAACCUAUAAAAUAUGGUGUUCAUGGGAAGCAAAUAAGUUCACAUAAGGCAAUCUCACUUCCAUCAUCUCCUCAAUGUUUUGGCAAUCAAGCUUCUCUUAGGGGUGAGGCAAGUACAACAUUUGCCAAUCCUGAUAUGAUGUUAAUAUUCAAUAAAGUGCUGGAAUCAUCAAAGAUUCUGAAGAAGCCAUUGUUACCCUUUCAAGAAUGGAACAUUGAUUUUUCUGAAAUAACCAUUGGAACCCGUGUUGGAAUCGGAUUCUUUGGGGAAGUUUUCUGUGGCACUUGGAAUGGAUUAGAAGUUGGAAUCAAGGUGUUUCUGGAACAAGAGCUGACUGUUGAGAAUGUUGAAGAUUUUUGCAAUGAAAUAUCUAUCUUGAGCCGUAUCCGCCACCCUAAUGUUAUUUUAUUCCUUGGUGCUUGUACAAAGCCUCCUCACUUGUCCUUGGUUACUGAAUAUAUGGAGAUGGGAUCACUGUAUUAUCUGAUCCAUGCAAGUGGACUGAAAAAGAAACUUAGCUGGCAAAGGAGGCUUAAAAUGCUUUGUGAUAUAUGCAGGGGACUGAUGUGCUUACACCGAAUGAAAAUAGUACAUCGUGAUCUGAAAAGUGCAAACUGCCUCGUGAAUAAGCAUUGGACAGUAAAGAUAGGUGAUUUUGGGCUGUCAAGAGUACUGACUACCACACCAAUGACGGAUUCUUCUUCUGCUGGAACUCCGGAAUGGAUGGCUCCAGAACUUAUUCGCAAUGAACCCUUCACUGAGAAAUGCGAUAUUUUCGGCCUUGGUGUCAUAAUGUGGGAGCUAUGCACACUCAAAAGGCCAUGGGACGGUGUACCGUCUGUUCAAGUAGUGUAUGCUGUUGCCAAUGAUGGUCAAAGGCUCGAAAUUCCUAAAGGUCCACUGAGCAAGUUAAUUGCAGAUUGCUGGGCAGAACCAGAUGAACGCCCUACCUCCCAGGAAGUUCUCGCGCGCCUCCAUGAGUGCGAAUGCUUCUUGCUGAGUUAAUUUGGUUCUUUUAAUUUGUGCAAACGCCAUAAUGGUAGUAUUGAGAGUUGUUGCAGGAGAUUUUUAAAUAAAUAUUUCUUUUUUAUGACUGGAUAUUGCUUCAGUUUCAAUAAAAGUGAACUGGUGAAAUAAAAUUUGCUUUCUUUUAUUUAUGC